AUGAGUGACGAGCCAUUCAGUUCUGAGUACUUUCAGCAUUUACUUACUUCGCUCACUCUUAACUCCCGUGCGCUCAUUACAGAGCUUACGACAUUAGCAGAACGCCAUAUUGACAAGGCCAAUAUCAUUGUGUCUCUCAUUGAGGAGAGAAUCUUGAAGAUUCUACCGAAGUAUAAGCUAUACAGCUUCUAUCUCAUGGACUCCAUCGUCAAGAAUAUUGGAAACCCUUACAAUUUGUUGUUUGCCAGGAACCUUCAUAAGAUAUUCACAGAGAGCUAUCUAGUGGUCACGGACACCAUCACCAGACAGCAUCUUAUCAAUUUAUUCAAAACAUGGCUCACGGGCAAAACGGUGACUGGAGCAGAGGUGUUCCCGCACGAGGUACUCAUGAAGAUUGAGCAGUUCAUCAUUAAAGCAACAUCAUUGAAUAGCUCAGGACAGGAAAAUGUAAGAAUCACAAGAGACACGCUUUUACGAGAGGCUAAUUACAUGCUCCAGUAUGUGAUCGCGAUGGACGAAGAUCUAGAGAGGUUUGAGGAGCACGAAAAGAAGUACAUCGGCCAAGCGAAGAAAGACCAAAUUCGUCUUUUCCACAAUAUCAGAAACAAGUUGAUCUUGAACAUCAACAACAUCAGUGAAACGGUUAUGGUGAGUUCCAAAAACGAGCUUGAUAAAGUUAGAGACCAAUAUGCGAGCGAUCUUCAGCAGAUAAGGCGUGCUCUAGAUGAUCAGAGUUUCCAGCAGCUGGGGCUUUUUAGAGACAUCAUGGAACAGAAACAAUGCAUUCUCGAAAAAGAAAAUCACAAGCACAUUGAGAUCAAUCUCGUGCCGAAGAACUUUGAUCCUGCAAAACUCUUGUCUAAUGACGAGGAUCUUGCAUUCGAUGCAUACGUGAAAGGCUGGGGCUUGCCAAUCGUGAGCAAGGAAGAGGACAUGAUGGUUACAGAACACCACACACCACCAAAAUCAGAGGAUGUACCAAUGGACGAUACGUCUUUGGCUGCACAGCUUGGGCUCAAUGUCACCUCGUUUAAUUUCUCAGAAUCCUUCUUGGGAAGCCCGAAGAACGAGCUUACACAUAUCACACCCACACAGACUUCGAAUAGUCACGAUGAAAAUGGUGACGAUGAUGAUGAUUAUGGCUACGAUCCAGAGCAAGCAAUGAGCGACCAGGAAUUUUCACUCAUCACGGGAGAGUCCUCAGAAAGCAAGGAUCCGAAUACAUUCACUGGAAAGUCCAGUAUGAAAAGACCCAGCGCCCCCGACGAGAAGGUGGUGAAACGUGUCCGGUUUGAGGUUUAG